UCCAGGAAGCAGCAAAUUGUCUGAUAAAACACAAAAAAUCCCCGGUGACCAGGAACCCUGCAGGGUGUUAAUUGCAAAACGCAAACAACCGAGAGCCACAGUGAUGUCACGAGGGUUAAAAAGGGGUUUAUUACUUGAUGCUCUCAAAUAUAGAGGACCAGCAAUGGAGUGAGUUCACUUAUGGAUUCAAAAAAGACAUGGAUUUAAUUCCCAGUUCUGUGUUACUCGAUUGGAAAUGAACAGUAAUUUCACUGGAUUUUGGGGACAAGUGAAUAACGCAUCUCAAGACACUUUAGAAGUUGCGUUUGCGUUUGCCAACUGUCUGGUUUUGCUUGUAACUCUGCACGUAGGAAUUCUCGCGAACUUCUUUGUGACGUGGGCUGUGUACCGUCAAAAGUCGCUCCAGACGUCCAACAACGCGCUUCUGGUGAAUCUGGCUGUUAUUGACAUCUUGCGAUGCGCGGUUGACUGCCCGUUUCUCCUCGCAAUCGUUUUGAGCGUUCGCAAUGCAAGCGACUUGGGGAUCGUUUUCUGCAGCGCGCAAAUUGCGUCAUUUUCUCUCAUUUGUUGCGUGCAGUUGUUCACGUUGGCAUGCAUCAGCGCCGAGAGAUAUCAAGCCGUCGCGCAUCCGUUCAGAAACGCCGAGCGUCGGAAACGGAUAACGGUGUCUAUUAUGUUGACCUGGGUCGUUCCCGUCUCCAUAUCCGUCCUGUGCGUAAUAUUCGCCAAGGACUCGCCUGUGUACGUCAGGUGCAGGGGUUUGCGCGUGGAGACUUUGGACUCGUAUGACACUUUUGGAUUUUAUAUUUUAACUCCCGUCUGGUGCGUGUGUUUGACUGUCAUCGUUGGGUUUUACGCGCGCAUAUUUCUUUUGGUGAGAGCGCACAGCAGGAAAAUUUUUGACCAGGGGUCUUGUCCUCCUCCUGAUAAGAAGGAAGAUAAAACGAAACAGAAGGACGAAGAAACAAAGACAAAUAGUAAGAUCGAACAAGAAAAGCAUGUAGAUUUAAAGCCACAUGAAAGGGAGCCUGAGAUGAAGGCAGAACAUUUCCACACAGGUUUCGCAAGAACCGAAACCUCGAUCGACCCAUCAGAUAUGAAUAAACUUGAUUGUGAGUUUGAAAAAUCCAAAGAAACAAAAGUGACUUUUAUUGAUGAACUUCCCAACGAAGCAUCUGAAAUUAUAGAUCCAGAGGGUCUUGUGAACUUGCAAGAAAAUGCUGCAGAAACAUCUCCAUCACCAACUAACGGAAAAGACGAUACAGUAAGCUUCAAAAAUGCCGAUGGAGAUGUUUCUGGAACAUCCACAAAUGAAGAAAGUGACAUCAAAUCAAAAAAACACAAAAACACAGCUGCAGAAACGUCAUUAUCAAAUGCAGAAGGGGAUGCAGAUCCUGCUGGAAAAACUCCAUCACCAACUCAUGAAGAAGAGGGGGACACAGCAGAUACACCUGAGCACCAAAACCCAUCAAUAGAAUCUUCUCAAUCAUCACUAAAUGAAGGUGCAGUGGAUUCAAACGCUCCGCAGGAGACAGCGGAAACAUCUCCAGCGUCAAAUGCAGAUGCCCAGAUCGUGACAGCUCCACAACAGGAAGAUAUGGCGGGGGCCGUCUGCCUGAUGCCAUCCCCUGCUCAAAGGGAACGGGGGAACGCUAAGAAGGAGAGCAAGCUGGCCAAGCGCUCUGGAUACAUCAUAUUUACCUUCCUUAUAUUUUGGAUCCCACUCAUUGCGACGGUGGUCUUGAAUCAGUUCUUCUACCAGAACAACAAUCACACAGCGAAGGUUUCUCGACAGCUGGAAAUAUUAACCGUAUCUGUGGUCUGCAUGACAUCCUUUACCAACCCAAUCAUCUACGCAGCGGUCAACCCUCAGUUUCGCACAGAGUUUUACAAUCUGAAGACUAAAUGGAAAGCAUUUUUUACAAGUUCAUAGAGGUUUUAUAGUGUUGUGUAUGAUGUUUGAUCCAACUAUGCCACACACUUUUCAAUCAAAUUUGUUAAUUGAUUGAUUGAAUAUUUUUGUAAGCUGUUCAUUUUGGCACCCUGGACAUUUUUUAUGUAUACUUUACAAUAUAUGUUGUUGUUAUUACCUGCUUUAGACUUUAGUUUGACAAAUGUAAUGAAACCGAAAACAUUUAAAUCAUUGUAUGACAAUAUGCACCUUCAUCCUCUAAAAAACUCAUUUCAAUAAUGUAAAAACAGUGCAUUCUGGUGUUUGUUUUAUAUAUAUUCAUUUCUAUUUAUGUAUUGUGAUAUGUCCAUACAGUACUGCUGUGGUUAACCAACCUCAACCUCAGGUUCUAACCUCUUUUUUUUACUUAGAGUAAGAUAGAAAAUAAAAAGAGCUGAAGAUAGCAGUUAUAGCAUACAGCAUAUAAUGCAAAUUUAGAUAUAAGGUACCAGCGAAAACCCUAAAGUCCAAAAUGCUAGAACUAAUGUACUGUAACC